UAUAUAUACGUAUAUGCAUAUGUAUCUACACACUUUAUAUACUUAACCUAUAAAAAAAAAAAAAAACAAAUUUCAUGCAACAAGUGAAAAGAACAAUAUUGAAAGAUCAAAUGUAUUUUAAUUGAAGUAUUAAAUGAAUUUAUUAAAAUGCCAACAGUUAUAGCAUUAGAUGUUUCUCUAUCAAUGAGACGUCCUGUAACAAUUGGAAGUACAGGAAAUAGUGAUAAUUCUCAAAGUGAACAAUUAACAAGGCAUCAUUUAGCAAUUCAUGGAAUAAAUGCCUUAUUACAUUAUUUACAAACUAAUUCUAAAUUGGAAUUUGUUUCUUUGGUAUUAUUUUCAUCGCUUUAUGAAGUAAUAUGUCCAUUUACUCGUGACUAUGAUAGUAUACGUGCAAAGUUACAAAAUAUAGAGGAAUGUGACAAAACCUGCAUUGAAACAGCUUUACAUGGUGUUAAUAAUGUGAUCAUGGCAGAAUGGGGCAAUACUACGGCCUGCCAAGUAGUUUUAAUAACAGAUGGUAAUCCUGGUAUUGGACCAAUGUCUUUGGGAGAUUCGUUAAAUUCCUUAAAUGUAACAAGAGAUAUGAAUCCUUUUCCAUUACCUUUUCCAUAUCCAGGAAAAUUAAGUGUCGUUUGUAUUGCACCAUCUCAAGAUCCAGGCUUGUCUGUAGGUUUACCUCUUUACCAACGCCUAAUUGAUUUAGCUGGAUGUGACAGUAUUAUAUUAGUACCAGAUUCUCCUCUCACAAAGCAUUCUGUUGCAGUAUGUUUCCAAAAACUAGCAGAAACAAAUUAUGUGUCUUUUCAAGGUUAUUUAAAGUGUGGCUAUUUAGGUUCACGUAUUCUUUUAUCUCCACCUCCUAUGCCAUAUACAAAGAAAACAGAUUUUGAACUGAUAUCUGGUUUAAUGAUAUCAAAGAAUAUUGAAAUUUGUGGAUUUAUAUCCGUAGCAGAUGUUGGUAGUCCUAAUGCUAUAUCUAGACAUUUAGUUUUACCAUUGCCUACUGAAAAAAAUGCAAAUAUGCAAGGUAUAUCGUUGGAAGAAGAUUCAGAUACAGAUGAAAAUGGAGAUGAAGGCAAAAUACCAUCCUUUUGUGUAUUAUUACAUGGAGCUUUAAAGGUAGAAAAUAUGGCAGCUCUAUGUUUAUUGAAUAAUGAAUGGUUUGGUUUUAUUUAUUCAUGGGCAGAUACAAAAAAGAAGUCAAAUUUAAUGUUAACGGUUCUAGAACCAGGACCUGAUAUCGUACCAUGGUUAGGUAAUUUCAAUAAUUUAGGUCCAGCUGAUGCAGCUCAAGGUGCACAAGUUUCUUUCCCUGUUAGACCUACUGAAAAGAGAAGUUAUACACAAAAUGCACCGUCAUGGAUUCGACAAGUGGGAUUGCAAUCUGAUAUUCAAAAAAUAUUAAGACAUGCAAGAAAAUUGCCAGAGAAGACACAAAAUUUUUACAAAGAAGUAAACAGGUUACGCAGAGCAGCAGCCUCUAUGGGCUUUGUAGAAUUGUUGGAAGGUUUGGCAUGUAUACUAGAACGAGAGUGUACAUUGUUACCACCAAAUUUAAAUCCAGAUUGCACAAUACAGUUAGGACACGUCGCUGCAAUGUUACGAAAACCUGAAUUUCUCGAACUAAGAUAUAAUAUUCCACCGACACGAACCAAAUUUCAACAAGAAGGUUCAUAAAGUGACAAAAAUAUGCAUUUGCAAUAAUGUAUUUAUAUUAAAUGUUAAGGAUAAAAAUAUUAGAUAUUAAGUAUCAUUGUUUUUUAUAAGAUAAUAGUAAAAUUUUACAUUUUUUACUAUAA